AAUAAUUCAUGCACAAUUACGGUCACAUUGAAGGAGACAGUGGAUUGAUGACAUCGCAAUUUCAUCUUGGGGAUUCACCUAAAGCCAUGAUCGAUUACAGUCAUAGUGAGAGGAUUGAAACUUUGGUUUAGAAAAGCAUUAUGCAAUCGGAGAUUCGAAAACGUAGAACCGGUGAAUCUCAGAGUCUUAUAGAACACUCGAAUAUGCAAUUGAAUGGUCAUCUACUACCUUAAAUCACAUUAAAUUGUCAAUCUCCAGCUGUGUUCGAUUAAAUAGCACUAGAACUUAAAUAGUAGUAAUUAGUAUUUCUUAAUUUUCGAGUAACUACACAUGCAUUAUGCGAGAAGCAAAUCAAAUGAUGUUUCUGUAGACCAAGCUUGAUUCAUUUUGUCAAAAGAUCAUUAAGAAUGUGUGCACUCCAACUUACAUAGCAAGUCAAAGCAACAACAGCCUUAUUUUGGUGAAAUAUUCAAAAUAGAAACUCAAAAUUGAUGCUUUGUCUGGAGUAAAUCUAAGCAUUAUAAUUAGAAUUAUAAAUUGAAUGAAGAUGUAUUGUUGUCUGUUUGUUUUGUGGUUAAAAGGUACAAUCAAACUCAUAAGGAUUUUGAACCGGUGGAUGACAUGAGCCAUCUUAACCCUUUUGCAAUCACAGCAAUUUCAAUGAAUAGAGUUUAUAUUUAUUUGGAGGACAAUUAAGAUUUUAAAUAAAAGUUGGAUGCAAUUUUAAAAGACAUUGAUUCAAUAGCAAAACCAAAAAAAUAAUAAUUGUAGAAAUACAUGCAAGAAAGUUCGUAAUUGGUUCUUGAUACAUUUUAGCAAUUUAAAUCGAAAACAUUGAAAUAUGAUUAUCAAUAUUAUUUGAUGGCAAUUGAGAAGGUGGUGUUUGAAUCGGUUUAUGAUAAACUAUUUCACUUUUAUGUUGAUUUCAAUGAGAAGAAUGAGAAUCAAUUUAACAUCAAAAAGUAUUGAUAAAUGAAAAUAGAGAUAACAAAUAAUUGCCAAGUGUAGUGAACAUGAAACCAUGGAAUUCCUGGAAAUAAAAAAUAAAUAUAGGUUAAAUCAGUAAUAUUGGAAUGGGAUUGCUGAAUUAAAUAAAGUGGAUAAAUCUACCAAUCCCAGGGAUAAACUCAGAUCCAUAUAGUAAAUGAUAUGUCUAAUAAAAUGUACAGAUCAAAUACAAUAUGUUUAGCACUUAUUUAUGAAAACAGUAAUUGUGAAUUGACAACAAUGGAUGACGAAUUGCCUGUUAUGAUCUAUAUCAUCUUAUAUAGUGAAUUUUAGAAUAAAUUUGCAUCGAUUCAUUAUGUGGAUGACUUCUGUAAUACUGAUCCCACUAUUGAGACUGAGAAAAGAACAGUAACUACUCUCAGAGUAUCUUUGGAGUAUAUUGCCAAUGAAUGGUAAAUUUGA